AUGGAACUCUAUGGCUUUGGCUUCAACGGUCAUGCUCAAUUCGAUGUUGGCGAAGCAAUCAAUAGAGAUACCCAGAACCAACUUGCCGCUAUCCCGAUCUGUAUCCUUCGGAGUGCUUCAAUAGAAGUGGUGUGGACGUCUUGGUGUGAUGCCGUAGUGAAAAAUAGAGAGAAUCGUUACCCUGCGAAUGAGACUACUACUCUGCAUUAUGUUGGUCAAGGCGUGACAGAAAGCCAGGCGCUUUACCUCCGACAGAAUGAGACGCUUGUCACUCGCUAUUUCGGCAACUCACUUUCAGAAGGCCUCAAUGGGAUUAUCAAGAUAUGCCCACCAACAGUCACAUUUUUUCACCAAGAUGAGGAUGCCGUGGAACUUGGUACCGUAUUGAGACACGAGCACGAUAUCCUGAACAUCUCCAUCACCAACGGCGGACAUGUGAUACUCUUGAUGGAAGGAAGCCAGUCUCAGAACGACCCAAAAUCAACCAACAACACAAUACUCUCAUUUACCUCUCUGCAAGAUGCCGAACUCUGGCUGCGUAACCCACAAUUCUCAAGCAGUCCUCCCGUUCAGGCCAUUCCUCCGUGUAAGCAACUCGUUUCAAAUGCGACCACCACAACGGCCCUCACGAUAUCGGGGCAAGUCUACACCUGGACGUUGGACCCUCGCUUCCCUCAAUGCUUGGGUCGUCCGUCCUCGCCCGACGAUGCGCCCUCUGACACUCCAAAUCCCAUCCCGUAUCUCUCCGAAACCCGGAUUGUGAAGAUUGCCUCGGGCGGGUACAUGUCAGCGGCAGUAAGCGAGGAGGGUGAACUGUUUCUGUGGGGUCAGGCGUGUCCAGGUACGGAGGGAGAAAUCAAAGCCCUAAGGCGGACUGAUGUCAAUGAUGACGGCGAAUCCGGGGAUGAAGCUGGCGACGAGUUUGUCCAAUGCGUUUCUAUCGCGAUUGAUGGGCAGGAGGCUCGCAUUACCGAUGUCGCUAUCGGGUCGGGGCAUCUUCUGGUGGCGGUGGAGGUUGAGCAAAGCGGUCGUGCGAUGGGAACCGUCUUUUCUGCUGGACUUAACGAGAGUGGGCAACUAGGUCUGGGGGUGACAUCAAAGUUUGUAGACGACUUCACUGAGGUAUCUAGGUUGAGGGGAAAGAAGAUGAUUAGUAUGUCUGCUGCAGGAUGGUCAAGUUGGGUGGUAGUCGGAUACGAAGAAGUUGUAAGCUGA